UUUCAAAUAAGGUUGUAAGCUUAUUUUGUUUGUACAUUUUAUACAGUUAAUAAAACAUUUAAAAUGAUAGUUUCUGUAAACUCUGUCUAGUUUUUCACUGCGCAUGCGCGCACAUUCAACAUGGCGGCCCCCAUGAAACUGCACUGUCUGGAUGAGUUUCCAUCACACAUUCACCCGCUGCACGUCCUCGUCAACAAAUCCACCUUCACUCAACACUUUCCAAACUGCAAUGGACCCACACACGCGUUGUUAUUUUCACCGAUGGACGAUCAGUCAUCCUCUAAGCGACGCUUUGUAGUGUGCGUGCACGUGACCGCAGAGGACGAGACGAACGUAAACACACACACGUGCCUGAAUGUGUACGUGAGCAGAUGUUUCCUGAGACACUACGAUCUGAACGAGCAUUCACAUGGAUCUGUCCGUCCACAGCCUCUGCUCCCUCUGAAGAGGAUUGUGAUCGGCGCUAGGACCAAGCAGAGCUUCAGGUGGGCUUCAUCAGAGAAGUUCAGCAGUGGUCUGCUGGUCCUGACGUCAUGUCAUACACAUACCCUGCUGGCGAGACAGGGUGACGUCUUACUCAUCCCUUACCAUCAUUCACUGGGUGAUGAUGCAGCGCAGGUGCAGCAGUACCUGUCAGAUGUGAUGGUGCUGGAGUGCACACCUGUCAGUCAGGGGAGCAUCACAAUGAACACUAGUGUGCUGGUGUCAGACUGCAGAGAUCUGCCCAUUAGCACCGGGGUGGACAUGACCGGCAAACUCUCGUCCUCAUCUCUGUUUGUGUCUGAUUUCGCCCAGUACGCCAACAGUUUGACUUCCAGCAGCUCUCUGUUGAGCUCUAAAGUAAUGAUCAGCUCUGACUUUAGCACUGUCAUACAGGCUCUGGAGUGUCGACUGGAUGUCCGGGUGCUGGAUGUCUCCAGGCUGUAUAAACCAGGAGGGUUUCUGUGCCGUCUGCUUCAGAUAGACAACUUGGAUGUCGAUAGUGUCAUUUUUGUGAACAAGAGCUUGUUAUUGAAGCUGGGUGUGUUUAAUGGGGAAUGGGUGGUUGUGUUCCUCCCGUCAGACAAAGUGAAGUCAUAUUUGAAGAGUCCUGCGACUCAGGGUCCUGAUCUGGAGGAAUGUGUUAAUCCCUCUAAGAGAAGAUCAUGUGUUCAUCUGGUUAAAAUUGAGGCCUUUGACACUGUUAGACACUCAGACCUGGAUGUGAAUGAUAAUAUUGGAUACAUUUCACCGCUUCAGUGGUUUAACUUGUCAGGUGGGAUGCCGGUGCCGGUUGGGAACACAACCAUCAAAAUAAAGAGGUGGAAUAAGGUGUUGUCACCUGCAGCGCCACAGAUUUCUGCGAGCGCAUGUCGAUCUGCAGCUCCGCCGUAUGCUAAAGAGCUGCACAUUGAAGCAGUUAUUUCACCGGAAUACAAUUGUCAUGGCGUCUUUGAAAACCUCCUCCACAAACACUUCAGCACAGCAAGGUUCACUCACAAAACAUACUUUAGUUCUACCUGCUCUGUGUUCUGCUGUUUCUUAAUGUUGUGUGUGUUUAGACUUGUUCAGCAGGGUCAUGUUUUGGGAAUCCCAUCGCAAGGACAUCCAGAUCUUGUAGAGCACAACUUUGAAGGGAUUUUCAGGUGGCCUGUGCUGUAUUUCAAGGUGAAGCAGGUGUCAGGCUUUUCUGAAGAUGAUGAUGAGGUUCCUUCAUAUCUGGCUGAUUCAUAUCACACCUCGCUGUACAUGGGAAGCCCCGCUCACAGCCCGUGCCCCUGCUCGGUUCUGCAGAAGGGUGUGUCCGUCUGGACGAGUCUCUGUCCUCCUGGUGUCUCCUGCACUGUGGAGAAACUGCUCGCCAUCAUUCAGCCCCACCUCAGUGAAAGCUCCUUUACAUUUAAGAGAGGCUGUUCUGUUCUUCUGAUGGGGCCGAAUAGCUGCGGUAAAUCCACAGCGGUCAGAGCGGCAAGCAGGAGACUACAUCUGCAUCUCAUCCAGGUGGACUGCGUGACCGUCUGCGCAGACACAGCGGCUGCGUGUGAGGUCAAGAUGAAGUCAGUGUUUGAGAAAGCGGUGCUUCAUCACCCGUGUGUUCUGUUGCUAAGACACCUGGAGUUGUUGGGUCAGCCACGGGACGGCAGUGAGACCGACUCCAGGAUAAUUUCAAGCCUGUGUCAGAUUAUAACAGCUCUUCCUGCCAGUUUGGUUGUGGUGGGCUCUGUGAGCAGCGCACGAGACCUCUCGUCUGAUGUGAUGACAGCAUUCAUACAUCAGGUGACCGUCGACAGUCUUACAGAGGACCAGCGGAGGAUGAUGCUGUCCAGCCUCAGCGAAGACCUGCCGCUGGGAAAAGACGUCAAUCUUGCCAGGAUCGCCAAACAGACAGCUGGCUUUGUUUUAGGAGAUAUCUGUGCACUUCUGACCGGCGCAGGGAAAGCCGCUCACAGAAGACUUCUGAAGACAUUUUUUCCAGACGGGGCGAGUGAACAGGAUGAAGAGGACCUGUGUGUGUCUGGGGUGAAGGUCCUGUCCGAUGAUUUCAGCACGGCUCUGGAAGCUCUACAAGAUGCACAUUCACAGGCCAUAGGAGCUCCAAAAAUCCCAUCGGUCAGAUGGCAAGAUGUUGGUGGACUGCAGCAGGUUAAGAAGGAAAUUCUGGACACGAUUCAACUUCCUCUGGAUCAUCCAGAGCUGCUGUCGCUGGGUCUGCGACGCUCAGGUCUGCUGCUUUACGGCCCACCCGGCACUGGAAAAACUCUGUUGGCUAAAGCUGUAGCCACCGAGUGUUCAAUGACCUUCCUCAGUGUGAAAGGACCUGAACUCAUCAACAUGUACGUGGGUCAGAGUGAAGAGAACAUUCGAGAGGUGUUCAGUAAGGCCAGAAGUGCUGCUCCCUGUAUCAUCUUCUUUGAUGAGCUGGACUCUUUAGCUCCUAACAGAGGACACACUGGAGAUUCUGGAGGAGUCAUGGACCGAGUGGUGUCACAGCUGUUAGCAGAGCUCGAUGGUCUUCAUUCAUCUGGAGACGUGUUUGUGAUCGGAGCCACUAAUCGUCCUGAUCUGCUGGACCAAUCAUUGCUCAGGCCUGGCAGAUUUGACAAGUUAGUGUAUGUCGGAAUUAGUGAAGACAAGGAGUCACAGCUACAGGUUCUCAAAGCGAUAUUACGCAAGUUUAAAGUGGAUCCCAGCGUGUGUCUCUCAGAUGUGGUGGAUUGUUGUCCGUCACAGUUGACCGGAGCCGAUCUCUAUGCCCUCUGCUCGGACGCCAUGAUGUCCGCCAUCAAGAGGAAGAUCUCGCGGAUCAAUGAAGGUGUGGAUUCAGAGAGCAGUGCUCUCACUUUAUGUUCUCAAGACUUUAGACAGGCUCUCACAGGCCUUACGCCAUCUGUUUCGGAGCAAGAACUCAACAGAUAUAAAGCCAUUCAACAGAAAUUUACUGCAAAAUAACAAAACAACCAGCAGCUUUCUCUUGAACAGUGAGAAGGAAACAGUCAGAUGUGUCAGAUUAUGUCAAACCUGCUCAUGUUUUCCAACAGGAUAGGACAUUUUCAGUAAUGAGUUUUUAUAUUUAAUGCUUGAAAGGAACUCAGUCAUGUUGAAUAAUGGCAGAAUCUAAAGGUCAUUGACUUUUCUGCUUAGAGACACAAUUUAGUGAGUUGUUUCAAGCAGAUUUCUACUCAGCACUGCAGUCACAAUGUACUGUAAAUACUUCAUGAAAUUUUCAUAAAUGCAAAGAUAAAUGAGUUAUAUUCACAUAAUUCAUCCGCAGGAGUUUACAUCCUUUCUGUGAUGCGAAGACAUGAACUGUCCCACACUUUAUAUUAAGUGGUUCAUUUUAGUUAAAUUAUAUCAAUUAAUUUACUAUGUAAAUGUUGUUAUUUGAUUUACACACAUAACUUUAAUGAAUGUCUGUAUAUUAUGAGGAAGGGAAAUUAUUAACUGGAACAAAUAUGGAAAAUGUAAUUUUUUUAACUUGUUUUGAUUUGAUUAAAAAACUUUAUAUAAAUGACAUAAGACAAAUAAUAUAAAUGUUACCUUGUUUAUUCAAAAAACCUUAAAAUAAAUGUAUGUGAUCCUUCAAACAGAUCUAUGUGUCUU